AAUGAUCGGUAGAGGUCGCUGUGGCUAAACGUCAUGGGGCGAAACUCUCGUUAGGAACGAGCCAGCGCUAUCGCGAUAGGUCAGUGAGGAGAAGUGGAUUCAAACUGCGGCGGGUUGACAGAAGGGAUUGUUGAAAAGAUGGCACCAGAGGAUGAGAUUGAGCUGCUCAGGAGCCAGCUGAAGGAGAGCGAGGAGCAGGGCCGUCGGGCUGCUCAGGCGGGCCUGGAUCUGCUCAAACAGCUGGAUGAACUCCAGGACAGGCUGGACGAACAGAGAGUGGAAAUGACCAAUGCACUAGAGGCUCUUGAGCAAGACAAGUACUCGCUUCAGAAGGAGGUGGUGCUGAAGAAUCGGAUGCUGGAGUCUCUGCAGUUGGAGUACGAGAGCGUGAAGAAGCAGCAGGCACAACAGCUUCAGGAGCAUCAGGAACAUCUGGAGAGGAGCCACAGCAUGGCACUGAAUGAGCAGCAGAACAAGGUCCUGAUGCUGCAGGCAGCUGUGGAGGAGUACCAGCUGAAUGAAAAACAGCUGAAGCACAAGCUGGAAGUGCAGGCCGAGACGCUGAACAACAAGACGGAGGAGCUGCGAGCUCUGAAAGAAGACACCCAGAGCUCCAUGACAUCAGAGAUGAUGGAGGUACAGCUGAAGAUCAGGGAGCUGGAGAGCAUUAAGGUGGAGUUGGAGCAGACCCUGCAAGAGAGUCGCUACAGGGAGCAGCAGCUGGAGCUGAGCAACAGCAACCUGCAGAGGCAGGUGGAGCGCAUCACCGAGGAGAAGGAGGAAAGGGAGAAAGAAGCUGUGUCCUGGUUUAACGCUUUGGAGAAAUCUCGAGAUCUGAACCGGGAUCUCCAGAUCCAGUUAGAUCAGGUUCUUCAACAGGCCCAGGACCCCAACAGCAAAGGAAACUCCCUGUUUGGUGAGCUGGAAGAUAAGAGAGCUGCAAUGGAGAGGCAGCUCAUCAGCAUGAAGGUCCAGUAUCAGUCGCUGCAGAAAAUGCACGCCUUCAGAAACCAGCAGAUGCAGUGCAUGAAGGUCCAGAUAGCCACACUGAUGCAGCUGCAGGGUACCAGGGCUGACCCUGCUCAGCUGGAGAGGCUGCAGUCCAUGCUGUCAGAGAAAAAUGCAGAGAUCUGGAAUCUGAUGACCAAACUGCAGAGGCUGGAGAAGAUGGAGACGUUGCUGAAAGGCCAGCCAGCCAAUCCUGUCCAAACGGAGGCUGCUGAUGGUCAAGAUGAGACGUACUACACCGACCUGCUCAAGCUGAAGCUCAACAGCUCUGUCAAGGAUGCAGAGCAGCUGCGAGACGAGCUGUCACAGCAGAGGAUGAAGUCGCUGUCAGAGAGCCAGAGAGCUCUGGAGCUGGAGAGGAAACUGUUUACGUCUGAGCGGCUCCUCAAACAGACUCAAAGCGACAAGAUCAGGCUGCAGCUGCGUGUGGAGGAGCUUCAACAAAAAUAUGAACCCAAAGAAGUGAAGAAGAACCUGAUCCAGUGGAAAAGAAAGGAAAAGCUUCCUGUUGAUGUGAAGCCAGAACCUGACGGGACCACCCAUAGAGAGCAGACUGUUGCUGUGAAGACGGAGGACACGGACAAGAAGAAAGUGGCCUGUCAGGAUGAAAACAGGCCUGCAGAGACAGCUACUGCUACCCAAGAACCUGAGGUGAAACCUGCAAAGUGUGUGAAGAUCAGUUCUGCUGAGCCUGAUGUCAUCCCUGGUCCCAGUUGGCUUUCUGACCUGAAAGAAGAGACGGAGGAGAAUAAGCAGCAGAACAACCCAGAGGGAAGGAGAAAGAAACCAAAGACAGAAGGGAUCUACGUGACGUCCAGUAACACCAUGGAGAACCAGUGUGCUCAGCAGUAGAGUCUGCCUCAAUGUGUCUGUGGGCCUUUGGCCGCGCUCUGAAAACUCUUUCUUGCAGAUCUUUCUCUCCCCACUUUCUAAACUGUUUCCCAGAACAUUUGCUGUGUUUGCUAUGGAUUUAAAUAUUAAAGUUACUGUGGAAAGUC